AUGAGCACUUUAGUACAAAGAACGCCUAAAUCAUCGGGGAGGCAAUCCUUGUUUUUCCAAGAUUUGGCAUCCCCUGUUUCUGCUGGUAAAGGGAAGUUCUCGACUCCAGGUCAGGCUGCAGCGGUAUCUGCUCUAUGGCGUGAGAAUUUUGGGGGUUCUGAUCUCCCACCUCCUCCCAUUUACACUUUGGAGGACCGUUCGGAUUUCUCUCCUGAGUCUGGGAUUCCUGAUUACCCUUUAUCCCCAGAGAACAAAUCGGACCCGAGAAGUCCUUUUCAAAGUUCUGGGAGGGAAUUUGGUACUCCGGCAAAAAGCAAAUCGGAGGCUAGCACUUCCUUUGCUUUAAUGAGUGGGCAGAAGAAUCAACAGGGUUCAGCGAAUUCAACAUGGUGGUCACCUGCAAAAGCUAGAAGCAGCGAACAAGAAGAGAAAGGAAAAGGUUCUCCAGUUGAGGGUGUGGUCCAGUCUGGAGCUUUAAUCACACUUCCCCCACCUCGAGAAGUUGCAAGACCAGAGAUGCAGAGGAACAGUUUGCCUGCAGGGAACCUUGAUGAGGAAGAAUGGGUUACUGUUUAUGGAUUUGCUCCUGGUGAUACCAAUUUAGUGUUACGGGAGUUUGAGAAGUGUGGCGUGAUCCUGAAACAUGUUCCUGGUCCAAGGGAAGCUAACUGGAUGCACAUUCUUUAUCAGAGUCGAUCUGAUGCUCAGAAGGCUCUUAGCAAGAACGGGGUGCACAUCAAUGGAGUACUAAUUGUUGGUGUGAAGCUAGUGGAUCCAAUGCAACGCCAGGCUUUGAAUGAAAGACUUAACACUCAGGGAUUCAUGACCUUACCCCCGCCAUCGUCUACUAGAACACCUGAGUCAAACACCUCAAGAGCCUCUCCUCGCCCCUACUAUCUUCAAAAUGGCAGCACUAGUGCCCGGCAGGCAGGAGGUGCGAUUGCUUCCCCAGCAAAGUCCAUGGUAUCCAAAAUUUUUGAUGUAAUGUUUGGCAUUUAG